AUGUCACGGUACGGUGAUUGUAAAAUAUACGUCGGUGAUCUAGGCAACAACGCUAGUAAACCGGAACUUGAAGAUGCUUUUUCUUACUACGGUCCUUUAAGGAAUGUCUGGGUAGCCAGAAAUCCGCCAGGAUUUGCUUUUGUUGAAUUCGAAGAUCCUCGCGAUGCUGAAGAUGCGAUACGAGGCUUAGAUGGGCGUACAAUUUGUGGGCGGAGGGCUCGAGUAGAGCUGUCCAACGGUGGCCGAGGAUACAGUGGACGAGGGCCGCCGCCUCGCUCUAGACUUCCCCCUCGUCCAUAUGAUGACCGCUGCUAUGAUUGUGGAGACCGUGGUCAUUACGCUAGAGACUGCAGCCGUCGUCGUAGACGCAGCCGCUCCAGGUCUCGACUUCGCACUCGUUCCCGUUCGCCAAGAUCCAGGUCCAGGUCUCGCAGCCGUUCGCGUUCUCGUUCCCGUGAUAGAUCUCGUUCCAAGGGAAGGUCUGUGUCUAGGUCAAGAUCUCGUUCAGCAUCAAAAAGCUCGAAGAAAUCCAAUUGA